UAAUGUUAAUGUUGGCAGUGUUAUUUAUAGUAAAAAUAAAAAGAUACUCGAAGAAUCCGAAAAUAAUAAUGUCAUCACCACCACUAAUAAAUCAGAAACUAGAUCUUCUGAGAUACCACAAUAUUUGAAAAAAGGAAAUCAUUUAGCAUUCUACAACAUCAUAUGCCUAUUUGAUAAUACAUUUCCCUAUACGAAGAAAAUGAUAGAAAUAUUUGGAGAUAACCAAAUUAAAAUUUUUGUUGAAAAGUGGCAAAAGGCACAUAACAACAUUGAGAAAAAUUACAUCAAUGAGAAAUACUAUUCUAGUUCUCUAAGCAAUCUUAUAGAGAGAUAUCGAAUUAUUAUAAAUGAUAAUACAAAUAUAGAAAAUUUCAGUGUGAAUAUAAAUAAAAUGAUUACAAAAUUUUUGGAACCUCCAUUUGAUGGAGAAUAUAAAAACGAAUACAAUGAGUUAUUGUGGUGUCAAGAUGUAUUGAAAAAUAUGGGUAAAGAGUUGCAGAGAAAACGUUCAACUUUAAUAGAUAAUGAAGCAAGUGAGUAUAGAUAUCGAGAUGAAAUUGUUAAUUUGCUUUUAGCUCCAAUUUUUCAUGAUGUUGAAGAAUAUAUAUGGCUUGAAAUGGAGGUGGGUUUUGUAGAGGUGGUUGGAAAUGCACUCAUUAAGAAUACUUCAUUUAAAAAUGAUGAUUUAGAAAAAUUGUUAAAGGUCAUGAUGCUAGCAAUAUGGUACAAAAAUGUUCAUUAUGAUUAUAAUGAAUCAAAACUUAUGUUGAAAUCAUUUGGAAUACUAGUUUAUGGCAAGUGUCGUAAGUUUUACUUUCUAAGUAUGAUUCUUGAUGAAAAUUUGUUUAUUGUUAAAGAAUUUGAUUCUUUUGUUAUUCCAGACUCAGGAAUAGACUUUAAACAAAUGAUAAAUGUUGUAAUAUCAAUAAAAAAGUUCAAA